GCAGAGCUUGUUCACCCUUCUGUUGGGGCCUUUCACCUUCUUCAACGCCCAGAAGACCAAAUACCUUCAGAUUCUCACCUCAGUCAUGCGUUGGAUCGCUUUCACCAUGAUGAUCAUCUUGGCUCUGAUCCGAAUCGGGAAAGGCGCCGGGGAGGGCCGCCCACCUGUCGCCAACCUCUCCGGCGUGCCCAACCUGUUCGGGGUGUGCGUCUACUCCUUCAUGUGCCAGCACUCCCUGCCGUCGCUGGUGACGCCCAUCUCGGAUAAGAAGCGAGUCGGUACCCUGGUUCUGGCGGACUACGUCCUGAUCCUGGGCUUCUACGUCCUGCUGUCGUUCACCGCCAUCUUCUGCUUUGACAGCUCGCUGCUCCACGACAUGUACACCCUGAACUUCACCGACAACUGCAACGUCUUGGACAUCCCCGUGCUGCGCUACUUCCUGGGCCUGUUCCCGGUUUUCACCAUCAGCACCAACUUCCCCAUCAUCGCCGUGACGCUACGAAACAACUGGAAGACGCUCUUCCACCGGGACGGGGGCACCUACCCGUGGGUGGUGGACCGGAUCGUGUUCCCCCUCAUCACUCUGGUGCCGCCCGUCAUUGUGGCUUUCUGCACGCACAACCUGGAGUCCCUGGUGGGCAUCACGGGGUCGUACGCGGGGACGGGGAUCCAGUACAUCAUCCCGGCGUUCCUGGUGUUUUACGCCAGACGCCACCUGGAGCCGGUGAUGGGCAGAGACGCCGUCAACAAGCACCGCUCUCCUUUCCGCCACGCCUUCUGGGUGUGGUUUGUGGUGGCAUGGGCGGCCUCCUGCCUCAUGUUUGUCACCGCAAACAUUAUCCUGACCGACACGAAGAAAUGAGGACGGCUUUCAUGAAACCCUGCGACUGUUCGGCCAGUUCCUCUGUUUUCUCGAGGCCUUAUUGCUGCUGGAUGGGACCGUGUGCCUUUAAAAUAAAAAAAAAAAACAGACUUUAGUUGCUUAAAUUAAGUUUGAUAUUAAUUUAUCAGAUUUUUAAAAAGGGACCAAAUGUUUUUUGUUCUAAGUUGUGUUUUUUUUCAAAGGGAUUUUUAUUAAAAUGAUCUUUUCUCAUCCUACAGCUUCCAGAGGCUCCUUGAAUCAGACUAGUGGGCCGUUAGCCGGAGAGGAAAACAGGGAAGCAUCUAAAGGUUGCAGGAUAGUAGCACCAUCAAUGUCUCAACCUGCUACCUCGAACCUUAGUGUUGCAUUUCCAACGCACAAACUUCCCUUCCUCCUUUAAACAAAGCAGUCUGUGAUUUAACCGACUAUAGGAGGAAGAUUCAGGAUUUCUGUUUUUAUUAACCCUCAUUAAAACCCCCGACUGGAAAACAGGCAGCGCCUCAAAGGUGAAGGAUCUGCUGCAGCUUUUUUCCUGCAGAAUAUUCCAAUAAAACUACAACGAAGCGACAGAAGGACCAAAGAAAAACUGCUCGUCUCACAACGAUUGAACCGUCUGUCACAGAACAGCUUCACGGCGCCGUAAUGAGAUUGCAGGUCUGGGAAGAUAAAUGAGGGUUCUGCUGCCGUGGAUGGAGUGAGAAGGUGGCGGUUCCUUCAUACCGGCGCUGACGCCGCUGGCUGCCUUCACUUUAGGUUUAAAGUUCGGCCAUUUAUCCCUGCGCUGGUUCAGAAUGGCCGUUUUGAUAAAGAAAUGCAGGUGGUUUGCAGACUUUACUCGCCUAACGAAUCCUCUGAAAAGUCGAGCCAUAUUCAGAAAACCAACUACUAAAAGUACUAAAUAUAAAAAAAUCAAUGAUCAGUGUUUUUAAUUAAGAAUAAUUUUAAUUUGAAUGUGCUUUAAUGCAGGCAUCCAUGUUUGUCAAAGAACACUACU